UCCGCGAACAGAACGUCGCGAGGCGCCGCUGGUGGACGACGAGCCGGUUACAGAUAGAUAUCACUAAAGUUUAGGCUAGGGUUUCAGUUUUAUCUGCUUUAUUGCCUCGAUAAAGCUGUGUGUAGGAACAAGAGUAGUGAAAAAUUUAGUUAAACCUGUUUUAUCGGGUAUCGGCGCAGCUCGCUUUAGAAUAAACUGAAAGAAGAGGACGAGUGACGUCGUUUGUAAAGGAGACUUGGCUGUAAUCCCUCGGCUAGCUUAGCUGGCUUGCUAACAAAGAAAAUCUUCUCUGAGAAGGAGUAAUCCUCACUAAUUUCCUUUAGUUAUGAGUCAUGUGGUCGUCGACAGUUCACACGGUCUAGAUCAGCAGCUUUCUGCCCUAGACUUGAACUCUGCUGACGGGCAGGGUGGAGGCACUGGCAAGCGUUACAUUCCACCUCACUUGAGAAACAAAGAUGCUGGUAAAAAUGCAGGAAAUGCUUAUUCCUCUGGUAGACAGAGCGGUUAUUCAGUGCCACCAGUACUGAGCUACUCUCCUGGAUGGGAUGUUGGUCGUAGCAAUGGCUUUGUUAAUGGAUACCAUGACAGUCGCAUGAAUGGAGGCGGAAACUUUGCACGUGGUCCUCCUCGCAAUGACAGAGGUGGCCGUGACAGCUUCCGUGGCAACAGGGGUGGUGGUACCUUCAACCAGCCCAUACAUACCACAAACUUUGGUGGCUAUGAUAACAAAGAUGGAGGAUGGAACACAGGAUUGAACAGGGAUGCCUAUUCUAGCUUUGGAGCACGUUCUGACAGAGGGAAGCCUGCAUUCUUUAAUGACAGAGGGACUGGAUCGAGAGGAAGGUAUGAGCGUGGGGGCUUCGGUGGCAGUGCUGGAAUGGGAAACAAUCGGUGGGUAGAGGAGUCCAGGGAUGAAGAGGACUGGUCCAAGCCUACCCCACCCAAUGAGCGUCUGGAACAUGAGCUGUUCUCUGGAAGCAACACAGGGAUUAACUUUGAGAGGUAUGAUGACAUUCCUGUGGAGGCCACCGGAAAUAAUUGUCCUGCUCCUAUUGAGAAUUUCCAUGAUGUUGAUAUGGGGGAGAUCAUCAUGGGUAACAUAACUCUGAGCCGCUACACUCGUCCCACUCCCGUGCAGAAGCAUGCCAUUCCCAUCAUUAAGGCCAAGAGGGACCUAAUGGCCUGUGCUCAAACGGGCUCUGGGAAGACUGCGGCAUUCCUGCUCCCAGUGCUGAGUCAGAUUUACACUGAUGGACCAGGAGAGGCAUUACAGGCUUCUAAAGCCAGUGGUCAGGAGAAUGGAAAAUAUGGUCGCCGGAAGCAGUAUCCUAUCUCUUUGGUCCUGGCUCCAACCAGAGAACUUGCUCUACAGAUUUAUGAUGAAGCCAGGAAGUUUGCAUAUCGUUCCAGGGUGCGCCCUUGUGUGGUAUAUGGAGGAGCUGACAUUGGCCAGCAGAUCCGUGACCUGGAGAGAGGUUGUCAUCUGCUGGUCGCCACACCUGGGCGUCUUGUAGACAUGAUGGAGCGAGGCAAGGUUGGCCUAGAAUAUUGCAAUUACCUGGUUCUGGAUGAGGCUGACAGAAUGCUGGACAUGGGUUUUGAGCCACAGAUCAGACGUAUUGUGGAUCAGGACACCAUGCCACUCAAAGGUGUACGUCAGACCAUGAUGUUCAGCGCUACCUUUCCCAAGGAAAUCCAGAUACUGGCUCGUGACUUCCUUGAGGAAUACAUAUUCUUGGCUGUGGGCCGUGUGGGUUCCACCUCAGAGAACAUCACCCAAAAAGUGGUCUGGGUGGAGGAGAGUGACAAGCGUUCAUUUUUGUUGGACCUUCUCAAUGCCACAGUCAUUCCAAGUGAGGUUCAGGAAAAUGCAACUGAAACUCCUGAGAGACCAGGCAAAGAUUCUCUCACACUGGUGUUCGUGGAGACUAAGAAGGGUGCAGAUGCUCUAGAGGACUUCCUCUAUCGCGAGGGCUAUGCCUGCACCAGUAUCCAUGGUGACCGUUCUCAGAGGGAUCGUGAGGAGGCGCUUCACCAGUUCCGCUCUGGGCGUUGCCCUAUUAUGGUUGCCACAGCUGUGGCAGCCCGUGGACUUGAUAUCUGUAAUGUGAAGCACGUCAUAAACUUUGAUUUGCCCAGUGACAUUGAGGAAUAUGUCCAUCGCAUUGGACGCACUGGGCGUGUGGGAAACCUUGGUUUGGCCACCUCCUUCUACAAUGACAAGAACAGCAACAUCACCAAAGACCUGCUGGACAUCUUGGUGGAGGCCAAACAGGAGGUUCCUUCCUGGCUAGAAAGUUUGGCUUUCGAACACCAGCACAAGAGCAGCAACCGUGGACGCUCCAAGAGGUUCUCUGGAGGUUUUGGGGCCAGAGAUUAUCGUCAGAUGCCUGGAGGUGGCAACGCGUUUGGCAACCGUGGCGCUCGCAAUGCGGGAGGCCAUGGGGGUAACCGGGGUUUUGGAGGUAAUAAGGGUGGCUUUGGGAAUUUUGUCAGUGAUGGCUAUGGGGGAAGUUAUGGAAACUAUGGAGGAAACUACACCCAAGUAGACUGGUGGGGGAACUAAAAUGUCUCAGUGCAGUGGGUCACCAUGCCAAACUAGCUGAAUGGAAACCACAUGUUAACAUAGCCAGACUCUACGCCCUGUGUAGCUUUAAGAACUCGCAGUACAUUACACGCUGUGAUUCUCUGUCUGCAUUCUGAAUGGAGCUUAAAGAGAGAGAAUGGCACGUGGCAGAACCAGAGCAUCACUUUCAGAUAGGAAACAAUGUGGAUGCCCAGUUAUGUGUUUGAUCUACAAUCUUGGACUUAGUUUUCAGCUGCACUUUUCUUUCUUUGUUUAGAAACUAAAUGAAAUGAGGAUCAUUUAUAUGUUAAUGUACUGUGCCUUUAAAUUUAGACAGGAAUUUUGUUUCAUCAUUUCACUGAAUGAACUUGGCCAAGAGCUCAAUUUCUUUUUGUUGUAAAGGCAUAUUAAAGCUUGUACUUCAAUCAAACCUUGGCAAACAACAGGAAGAUGUGGCUCGAAUGAGUCACGAUUCCAUUUGAACUUCAAAUUGUCACAGGGAUAUCAUGUAGCCUACAAUACAGGCCAGAGAACUAACAGCUCCUGGAACCAGCACAGAAGCGGUGGAUUCAAGUGUUGAUUCCUCUGUGUGACAACUUUUGUUCUAAGGGACAAAAAGUUCUGACUUUCUUUUGUUUUUUGUUUGCUCACUCUAUCCUGGAUAGGCACCUAUUUAGGGAUAUGGUAGUCUUCAAAAAGGCCAUUCCAGUUGUGAUAAAGAUAUUCAUAACAAAAUGGUAGAAACACUCAGUUACUGACACUGUUGUUUAAAAAAAAAAAAAAAAAAAAAAUGUACAGUGCUGGAACUUGUUACUCCACUGCUUUUAAUUGACCUGACAGUGUUAUGGCAGCUAGUAAGUACCAUAUGCUAGCCACUGUAAGUGGGCAAUUUUUUGUUAUUUUUUCUUGAAACAUUUCGAAAGGCAAGUGGAAGAUUAUUUAGAGAAACAAAAGCAGUUUUGAUGAAAACCAAAAAUGUUUCUUCACAAAAAAACAAAAAGAUGCCUGCCAUUUUUUGAAGGCAAAGUUCAAAUGGCUUCUAACGGACCAUAGUACCAAAGCGGCCAUGCCUCUCGUCAUGGCCACUUUGGUCGUCUACGCAUGCUAGUGUUUUGUUUUUUGGUCAAGGGCAGAGGACAAAUUCUGUCAUAGGCUUUACUUUAUUACAUUUAUCUCUUUUCAAGCUGCGUUGGAGGCAUGGCUCCUUUUUUCCUAGGCAGAAGCAUUAGGAGAUGGCUGUGAGUUCAUUCUGAGGCAUUGGCAGAUAUAUGCACAGGGUUUUCUGAGUCAAGCCUGUUGAGCUAUUGGGCUCCACUGCACCAUAGUGGUCAGGAUCACUGUGCGGUGGCUGAGAACCAGGUUUUUCAUCCUGGUGGUACAUUUUAAUGCUGUUGUCUCCUGGAGUUCAUCUGCUCUGAUGUUAACUAACCGCUGGCGGCGGAGCCAGCUUUCUGCUUCCUUUAAAGAGGAAGGAAGCUUCAGAGAGGAGGAGAAAAAAGGCAUUUUAACUUAAGUGCAAUAGAUUUCUUCUCAAGUGUGUUGUGCCUUGACAUUUUUUAAAUUGAUGAAUUCAAGCGGAUGCACUGACAGUAUUGAGAACUUAAAGACGAAUGGUGCUACUUAAGUUAGGUCUAGGCCCAUGUAUGUUGUGCCCAUCAAGUUUUACAAAGUUCUUUUAUUGCACAUCUGGAGUUUUAUAUGAACGUCUUGAGUGCGUGUCCACAAGCUUCCAAAUAUUGUGAAUGGAGAGAGAAACGCAGCUUGUUUACAAAAGGGGAAGGGAUCUCAAUAUUUACCAGGAUUUAUUUGGGACCAGGGGGAUCAGCAGUGGGGAAUUUAGCUAUUUGCACACAGAUUUCUAGAUUCUACUUUUGCUGCUAGUUUUGUGUAAUUUAUUAAGCAUUUUUUGAGAAAUAUUUAUUUUUAUAAGCCUCAAAGUGAUUCUUUGAAAGUUUCAAGAAACUUGACCAAAAGACAGUACAAAAACACUGGCACUUGAAUGUUGAAUGUCACCUGUAUGCGUGAAAUUUCUAUACUUCGGGGUAGUGUGAGCUUUUUAAUGUUUCAGACAUAUUGGACUCAGUCAGUAUCCACAGCUGUUGAAGGCCUAUAGGCCAUAUUUCUAUACUAAUGAUUACUAAUUGGCUCUCGAAAUUGGAAAUGGGGGAAAAUAAAUAUAAAAAAAAAAAAACAUGCCAAGGUUUGGAACAAAGUGUUCAAAUGACCUAAUAACUUAAAUGUAUCAGUACGAAAAGUGUCCAGUUUCUCCAAAUGUGCAUUUUUUUUUUUUUCCUUUUAAAAUUGGAUUGUGUUCUGUUACAAUUUUUUUUUGUUUUGUUUCAGUGAAUGUCUGGCACAUGGCAAUCUUAAACAUGUGGUUCUUCUCUAUUGUUGCAUUUGCAUAUAUGGGGCCUCUGGGUUUGGGCUUCUGAGGAUCAGUUAGCAAGCGGUACUGCUAGCUAUAAGUCUUACUGUGGAUUUGCAGCGUUGAAUUCAUAACCUGCCAAGAUGGAAAGAAGCUUAUCGCUUGCUAGCUUUCCUGAGAACAACCCAGAGCACCUUAGACUUAGUAUUUGCUUUAUGUAGUAGUGUAUGUAGAAGCUAUGCACUGCAUGAGAAGACUCAGCUGUGCAUUUAUUGUAUGAUUUUUACCAAAAUAAAAGUUUGAAAUGCUAAUUCCUUACAAAACCAAGCAUGUUUUCUAAAACACUCAAUGUAGCAAAAAUGGGGGGAAAAACAUGUAGCAGCUGUUAAUAGUGUGGCUAAAAGUUAUUGGCAUUGUUUGGAUUUCAAUUGGCUUAAGUUUGUUUACAACAUAUAAAUUCAUUCUUUCGUGA